AGAAUGCAGGAUGUGUUAUAACUUGUAUUUUUGUUAUUUCUUCCAGGUAUCAUUAGUUGUCAAUGUUGCAAGUGAGUGUGGGUAUACAGACAGUCAUUACAAAGCCUUACAACAGUUGCAGAGAGAGAUUGGUUCCUACCAUUUUAAUGUGCUAGCAUUUCCCUGCAAUCAGUUUGGACAGCAAGAACCCAACAGUAAUAAUGAAAUUGAGAGGUUUGUCCGGCAAACAUACAGCGUUACAUUUCCUAUGUUCAGCAAGAUAGCAGUGAAGGGCAUCGGGGCAAAUCCAGCAUUUAAAUUUUUAAUUGAAUCCACUGGAAAAGAGCCAACUUGGAACUUCUGGAAAUAUCUGAUAGAUCCAGAUGGGAAAGUGGUAAAUGCUUGGGACUCUACAGUCACGGUGGAGGAAAUAAAAUCUUACGUGAUCGAACUUGUGAGGCAACUCAUUCUGAAGAAAAAAAUGGAACUCUGAUUAUUUUUUAAAAACACACAUUUUUAUAUUUUUGUUUUCGGAUCAUUGUUGUAGGUCUUCAUAUUGCCAACAGAUAUAUACAUUUGGAUUACCUGAGCUAGCUUCCAUUCCAUAAAUAUGAGUAUUUGUUUCUCGCAUAGUACCUUUUCUAAGUAAAUCAUACAGAAACUAAUACCUAAGAAGAAAAGUGAAUGGCCAAGUUUUAUUUAUUUUUCUUACAUGUCACUUAUUGAUCUUAGAGAGAUGAAGUGCUAUGUAGGAUUUCUAGGCAGCAAAAUUCAGUUCAGACAGAAUUCCCUAAAUAUAGUUAGUUCU